CAGUAUACUCCAUUUCCUUUCCACCUCACAGGCGCUCACACUGCGACCAGAUCACUGCCCCUUUUACAAUCACUUCCAAUCCCAGGAGACCUAGCAGAGCCUAGCGGUCUUGGAGGCGGGCUGCGGAAGCGCCCAGCCCUGGCACCCUGACCGCUCCACCCCGCGCUCGGACGCAGCCAAUCAGCGGCCGCCUCUUACGAGCGCCCCAUCGGCCAAAAUGGCGGCGGCCGUUGGCGCGGAGACCCGCUUGUAGUUUCAUUGCUUUACUCCUCCCGUUACAAAAUGUGAAAGGAGGAGCGGCUGGCGGAGGGGGGUUAUAGGCAAUGAGUCGGCGAAGGAAACAUGGGGACAGCCCUGGCCUGAAGAGCACGCCGCCCAAAGCGGCGGCGGCGGCUGAGGAAUGCAGCUCGGUGGUCGAGCCAGGGAAGAGGCGGCUGAGGUCGGCCCGCGGCUCAGGGCUCCGCAGGGCCGGAGAGAGGUCUCCCCGGCCCGUGCCACAACAAGAGCAGCCUCCAGCAGCCGCUUCGUGCAGUAAAAGUAACCCCGAGGAAAGGUAUGAAACACCAAAGAGAGUGCUGAAAAUGGAUUUAUUGUCAUCUACCUUCAGUUCUCCUAAUGAUCCAGAUGGACAGAAUGAUAUCUUUUGGGAUCAAAAUUCUCCAAUGACAAAACAGUUAGGUAAAGGAAGAAGAAAACAGAUUUACACUACUGAUAGUGAUGAAAUCUCACAUAUUGUUAAUCGUAUUGCUCCUCAGGAUGAAAAACCAACAACAAACUCCAUGCUAGGCAUGUGGAUUGGUGCUUCUGCUAUUCCUUGUACUCCUAGUGUAGCAAAAGGCAAAUCAAGAGCAAAAAUCAGCUGCACAAAGUUGAAAACACAAAAUCAAGAGGAAGAACUUAUGAAAUUGGCUAAGCAAUUUGAUAAAAAUAUGGAAGAGCUAGAUGUGAUUCAAGAGCAAAAGAAGAGAAAUCAUGAUUUUAUCCAGACAAUUUCAGAAGCAGAGACUUUCAGUAAUUAUAAAGAUAAUGUACAGAUGCAGUUAUUACAUGAUAUAGUUCCAGAAAUAGAUAAUGCUAUAAUGAAGAACCCAAUGGAAGAAAACACCAAAAUGUCUGAGAUAAAUGAUCAAAAUAGCAGUCAGAAGCCAUUUGACCAAAAUGCUGAAGCAGCCUUUAAUGCCAUUUUUGAUGGCUCUACUCAGAAAUGUAGUGGACAGUUCAGCCAAGAUCUGUCAGAUGCUUUUUUGAACACAAGUAAUACUACCUUUGGAAAGAAAAGCGCUUUGAAAAAGGAGAAAAUCAUUACUAAUGAAACUCUGGUCACUGAAAAACUGCCAGAUAAAACCCCAGGAUCACUUUCUUGUCAAGUAGAUACUCUUGGAAUGACAAAUCCAUGUGUGACUUCCUACACUGAGAAGCCAGAAGCUUUUAAUAAACACCUUGAUGCAUUUCCUACCAGUGAUUUUGAGGAUGAUUGGGAAAACUUACUAAAUAAUGAACCUUUUGUUAUGCAAAACGUCAAAAUGUAUGAACUUUCCCCAGCUCCUAAAACAGCCCAGGUUGCUGAUCAAAAGAGUAUUUGUAACUUUAACAAUAAGUGUGAUAAACAUAAGUCAAGAAUGAAUACAAGCCUAGGUGCCAGGUUAAGGGAUUCAAAAAUUGUACAAGAUCUCCCUUCAAAGACACAUAACAAGGAAUUAAUAGAUUCUGGAAAAUACAGUUUUUCACUAAAUCCAAAUGAUGAACCAAACAAAUUGCCAUCCAGUGGAUAUAUAAUGAAACUUGAGAAAUCUUUCAAUAAAAUUGUUCAAGACUGUUCAGUUGCAUCUAAUCUGACAAAAGUAAAAGAUAUGCAUACUAAAUUUACUUCUAACGUAAAUACUUUUGAAAAGUCUACUUUGAACACAGGAUAUUCUAAUGAACAAGAAAAUAAGUCCAUUUUUAAUCAGUCUUUUAAAGCACCUGCUAAUAUAAAUCCUUUUGGCUCUGCAACUUUGGGCAAUGAAACCAGUGUUUAUAAUACAAAUCAGACUAAUGCAUCAAAGUUAGGUUCUUUCUUUGAUGACUGGAAUGAUCCAUCAUUUGCCAAUGAAAUUGUUAAAGCAUGCCAUCAAUUAGAGAAUACCUGGGAAGCAGAUGAUGUAGAUGAUGAUUUAUUAUACCAAGCAUGUGAUGAUAUUGAAAGACUAACUCAGCAACAAGACAUUAGAAAGGGCAGCAAGAUACCAGAAAGUACACUUGAGAUCAAUAAUAGUUCCAAACAUGGAGCCAAAAACAUAUUUACUACAUCUAAACAAGAAAGUCAGUUGGUGCAAUCAAAACAUUUGAAUCUCAGCAGCAUUUCAGGGCACACAUCUUUCACAAAUAGCUCACAAUUAAAUAAACCAGUGAAGAUGGAUAAAAGGGAAAUCUGUGGAAAUUCUCCAAGUUUUUUAGGUGCUACAACAAAUUUGACAAUAUACUCCAAGAACUCAAAUUGUCAUAUCAAUAAUCUGCAUUUCUCCUGGAAUAACACUGAUGUUCCAAUACAAGUGAAAAGUCCACAGUCAGUUCUUAUGGGAAGUUCAAGUUUGAAUGUGAGUUCAGAUUAUAGGAAUACAGAAACUGCUACUUAUAAGAAGAAAUUAAGUACUCAGCAUCUGUCCCAUAGGAGCACAAGAGAUGGAGAUCAGAGUGGCCUUAACAGAACAGUUAGAUUUCCUAAGUAUACAUUUACAAAGAUGAAAAAUUCUCAAAUUCUUUCCCAGUUUAAUCAAAAUUGUCUACCAGGAAGUAUUUCUGAUACCAAAAUUACACAGGGUUUGGAGAAAAAUAAAACUCCUGUCCACUCGUUUUGUGGGAGGGCUAUUCAACAACAGUGUUUGGUGAAACGUUCUGAAUCUUUGAAACAGCCUUCAAAAGAGGAAGAAGAGAAAAAUAAAAAAUAUUCUCCUGAAGAAAUUCAAAGAAAAAGACAAGAAGCACUGGUUCGAAGAAUGGCCAAAGCACAGGCAUCAUCUGUAAAGGCAGCUCCCACUUAACUUGAUUUCUUUUAUGAAAUAUUAUUUGGAAGACUUAACAAAGACAGUUAAUAACUAUCUAUGAUAGGGAAUAUUCUUUCUUGAUUUCUCUGUGAGAAAUUUAAUGCUGAGUUAUAAAGCAUGGACUUCUAUUUUAUUUAAUAAAUCAGUGUUUGCAGUGGUUAAUGAAACCUUUCCUUGAAGAGGUAUGUGAAAGUAAUUGCAUAUACGUUUUAGAAAUUCAGGAAAGUUAGUAAUUAUGGUAUAAAAUUAUACAGAAUAAAGGAGUUAUUUUUUCAAAUAUUGUGGAUCAUCCAAAAAUAGGUAAUUUGCUAAUUUUUUUAUUGUAAUAACUUCCUAAUACAAAGCUUCAUCUUACUAAGAAAUGAGACUUUAAAAAAAAUUUUUUUAAUGUUUAUUUUUGAGAGACAGAGUGCGAGCAGGAGAGGGGCAGAGAGAGAGGGAGAUACAGUCUGAAGCAAGCUCCAGGCUCUGAGCUGUCAGCACAGAGCCUACUGUGGGGCUUGAACUCCCAAAUUGCAAGAUCAUUACCUGAGCCAAAGUCGAAUAUUUAACCAACUGAGCCACCUAGGCUCUAGAGACUUUUUUUUUUUAGUCUUACUUUCAGUAACUGUUUCUUAAAGGUUUUAUAGAUUUCUGAAUCUUAAAAAUACUUCCAUUUUCUUAGAAACGUGGUUGGUGGGAAAUAAAGGACUUCGAUUUAUUUGUAAGGAAAUUGCUAUUUUCAAUUCCUAGUCUGAAAUAGAUUUUAAUUUUAAUUUUCUAAAACAUGAUGCAUUUUGGAAAGCUUCCACUAAUUUUAGGGAAAAUGCUGAUUUAAGAAGUUUAGAAAAAAAGAAAGUAGACUGGCUAAGUUAUAUAGCAAUAUUAACAUUUAGAAUUGUCAGAAACUUUAGAUGUCAUCUGGUCCAGCUUCUUUAUUGUAUGGGUGAGAAAUGGAUACUGUUCUGAAAGUCACAAGGCAAGUUAAAGCUGUUCUGUGAUUAGAAUGAUUGCUAUCAUUCUAAUGAACACCUAGACAAUUAUGCCAAUUGCUACAGAGUAUUAAUCAGUAUUUAAAAUAACUUGUUUGUAGGAGCAUUAAUUAUUUCAUAGUAUAAAACUAAAAAAAUAGUAACAAAAAGUACAUUAAGGUCUGUUUAAUAAUCUCAUUGUUUCUUGUAUUAAAGAAUUUUAUCAUUCCAUGAUAUAAAAAUGAGAAUCUUUCUCUUUUCAGUUUUCCUACAACUAUUAAAUUUUCCUUUGAUUAAAUUUUCUGACUUUUACCAAUUUGUUUUUCUCUAUUACUCUGUUGUUUCUAUUUGCCUGUCUAAAAUUCUCUAAACUAGAAUUGAAAAUCUCAGCGGAAGUCAUAAGGGCAGUAAGAAUGCUUUAUGUAUCCUAAAUGGCUUUAGGAGACCUGAUGAAAGUUAUAGAUGUGAAACACUUAUUAGUAUGUUCACCACUACUCUGGUGUCUUAGAGCUAUAUGAUAAUAUCAAUAUAAUUAAUGCAUUUUAAGGUAUUGCUAUAUAGAGAUAUACCACUUCAAAAAUUGUAUAUUCAUGUAUAUAGUGAAAUAACAUAUUCUAGGUAACCUUUAUUAUUUGUCCAAAAAUAUAUAAUAAAGACCCUAAAUAAAUAUAGGUAAAUUUUCUAUGUAAGAAAUGAUGAACUGAGAUUCUUUAUUUUUUCUAAAGUGGCUUCACUGUGUUCUUACUAUGCUUUGGAUAUCUCUUCCUUUGUUUAAGUUCUUCCCUUCCUGCCAUUUGCUUCCUCUAUAGCCCAUGCCUUUAGCCAAUUCUGUCCCUUCUUUAAGACUCAGCCUAAUAAAUCUCAGUUUCUUUGAAACUCAUACCUGACCAUUCUCACUGAAAUUGAUUUCUUUCUGAUGAUGGUGGUAACAUUUCUUAGAUGUUUCAUGGGGGCAAUCCUGUAAUGUCAUAUAUGUUAUUCAGGUGUAUAUGUAUCCUGGUAAUAUUUCUACAACUUCUUAUUUUGUAUUUUCUUCCUAGUGUUGCCAUAUUUUCACACAGCCUAUACUGCCAUUUACUGAAUAGUUUUCUUAAAGGGAUGACUUUUUAAAAGGAAACUUUAUAGUACUUAUGGCUGGUAGGUGGAACAGUAAAUGGCCCAGCACAUUUCAACCUGAACAUGAUUGGUUUUCUAGGGUUACUCCUGUUCAAAUUCUCCUUUCCUAUCCUGAUUCUUCUCUUAGCUAUUGUUGGAAAUAGUGGAGUCAGUGGCCCUUCAGUGAGCACACAGAGGGCUGCGUAGUUUCUCUGGCUUGGCUCUUUCCAAUCUCUAUGAAAUCUGUUUCCACACAAAGAAAGGGCAAUUGGUAGGCCUGGCAGCUCUAUUCCAGCUCAAGUUCUGCUCAGGCUGGCUAUAGAAAAGCUGACAGUGAUAAUGCCAUUAUUGCAGGAAAGUCUACUACAGAAUAAAGUUCAUCUGUCACUACUCUUUCUUGCUGCAUAUAGGCAAACCUGAACCCAGGAAGACUUGGGUUGCUUAUUACACAAAGAGUCAGUGGUAUGCAGGCAUGUACCACACCUUAGGAAAUAGUGCUUAUAUGCUACUCUGUUAUCACUAACUUUUACAUUCCUGAGAACAGAGGCACCUUACUUUUCUCUGUCUACCCAGUACUGAUACUCAGUGGUUACUUAUCAAAUAUUUUAUGAAUUUAGAUAUAUUCUGAUGGCAGAUUCUGCCUCUUCCUACUUGAAGCAAUCUGAUUCCCUGAGCUAUCCAGGAUUAGAAAAUGUUUCAAGAAACAAUUUAAAUUUAGCCUAACACUGAUUACUGUAAGUGAUAAUUUAAAGUCUGAUUAUGAUUUUCAGUUCUUGCCAGGUUGUAGUGAUCAGAAUCACUUGUGGGACUCAAAAACAAAACAACAAACUUGUGCCUUCUCUUAGACUUCAUAAAUGAGUACCUCUAGGGGUAGAUUUCAGAUAUGUGUGCAUUUAAAGUUCAUUGACUAAUAGCCAACAGGGUUGAAAAGAAACCAUAAUUGCAAAAUUUAUAUAAGUUGCUAAAUGCUUUAUUUACCAUGCAUGGUUCUAAGAAAUUUACAUUAACUAAUUUACUUCUCAAAACAACUAUGUAAAUAACACUUUUACUACCAUUUUAUAAAAAAAGGACAGUGAAGUAUGCGUAUUAAGUGACUUCCUCAAGGUCACACAAUUAGAAAGUAGUUGGAGUUUGAACCCAAGUAGUCUGAUUUCAAAUAUUGUGAUCUUAACUAUU